UUUGCCCUGCAUGUGAUUGGUAGAAAGUGGCGCAGCCCAUCCUCGUCCCCAUGCGCAAUGAUCAAGCCCCAAGGCUCCAGCCUUAUCGCCUUGACCACCAACUUUAAGCAACGGAUCACCUGCAAGAAAAGACGACGAUAAUUCACCCUACUAUUACCAGUUUUCAUUAAAUAUUUGAAUGAUGAAGAUAUUAGUGCACAACGUCCCAGACGAGAUUCUCCUCCAGAUCUGCUCAAGUCUCACCAGCCACGAGCUCUACCAACUCUCACUGUCAUGUCGAGCUUUAUCUCGAGUGGCUUUUGAAGUGUUCUCCCGCGCCAUCAAGCUCGACUACGCAUACCGCGAUGAUGGAAGCCUCUCGCAUCUGAACGGCUUCAUAACGAAACUCGAACGUCGCUCUGGCGGCUUCCUCUCAGGCAUCAACAUAGCCCACCUCUCAUGGCCCAUCGGUAGCGAGCUUCGUCGCCGCAUGCAUUACAUCUUAUCCAUUCUCCCCAAUAUACAGACUCUGAAUCUAAAAGAGCAUUUUGGCUCGCUUCGGGGGUUCUUUAUCGGGAGUGGAGGACUGGAUGAGAAUCUGAUCACGGCUCAUGAUAUUCUGAAACUAUUUGCAAUGAAGCAGCUAGAACAUUUGUCUCUCGAUGGCUUCAAUUAUGCCAUGGGUAUAGAACCUGGUGAAGAGGUGCCUCACUCACAACUGCAAAGUCUAACCAUCUCGACUUCGGCGAACCCCACUGGCCGCCAUAUCGACAUUAUACUUGCACGAACACCCAAACUGAGGAAAUUCACCUGGAAUUUCGACCUCAGCUCAACGUUGAAUCAAGAGGCAAUCCGGCGAGCACUGUCGCCGGCAGCCAUGGGCGAGGCUCUCAGCCCUCUGAGGUCGAGUCUCGAAGAAUUGUAUAUUUCCAUGGCUCCUAGUCGGUUUCGAAGCGAUUCAACAAGUCUGAAUCUUUCCAACUUCUUGAAAUUGAGGAUUUUGAAAGUCCACGAGGAAGUUCUUUUCCCGUCGUAUAAUGAGCUGGGUUAUGUUGUCUUCUGUCGUGGUCUUGAGGCACAACUCUAUCGUGUUUGACCGCACUGGCCGAAUCGACUGGUGGGCUACAGAGAAUCAUAAGUUGGUUUUCUGCUCAGCAGGUAGCAAGAGAACGCGUGCUAAGACGCCAAGACAUAUUUCAAUCACGGAGAGAUCAUGUGCUGCUCUUGGUGAGAGAGAACUUGAGGACUGCGCGUUAGAGCCACCAGAUGAAGUGAAGU